AUGGAACCAAUACCUAACAAUCCUGAGUAUGUACGAUACAACAUAUCUGGCAAUAUCUUCGAAGUCCCCGCAAAGUAUAAGCCACCGAUCAUGAUUCUUGGCAGAGGUGGUUGUGGCCUCGUUUGUUCGGCCGUGAAUUCAGAGACCAAUGAGACAGUAGCAAUAAAGAAAAUCAUUCAUGCAUGUGAAAACCCAAUCCAGGCAAAGAGAACUCUCCGUGAAAUCAAGCUUCUUCGUCACUUAGAACAUGAAAACAUUGUUGAAAUCAAAGACAUAAUAGUGCCUCCUCAGAGAGAUGCUUUUGAAGAUGUUUACAUUGCUUAUGAAAUGAUAGACAGUGACCUUCACAAAGUCAUAACAUCGAAUGAGAAACUAACCAAGAAUCAUUACCAGUAUUUCUUGUAUCAAAUCCUGCGCGGAUUAAAAUAUAUUCAUUCGGCCAAUGUGUUACAUAGAGAUUUAAAACCGAGCAAUCUCCUUGUGAGUGUGGCUUGUGAUUUAAAGAUCUGUGACUUCGGGCUUGCACGUGUGGCUUCAGAGACUCAUGCAAUGACUGAGUAUGUUACCACAAGAUGGUACCGUGCACCAGAGCUUCUGUUGAACUCUUCUGCUUAUACCACAGCUAUAGAUAUGUGGUCUGUGGGAUGUAUAUUCGUGGAACUGAUCACUGGUCGAACGCUCUUCCCCGGAAGAGAUCGUGUUCAUCAGUUUCAUUUGAUUCUUGAGUUGAUAGGCUCUCCAACCGAAUAUGACACUGGAUCGUUGAAUAAUAGUGCUAAGCAAUACUUAAGGCAGCUUCCUUGGUUUGAUCGCCAAUCAUUCUAUCUUAAAUUCCCAAAUGUGCCUCACUCAGCUAUUGACUUGAUUGAGAAGAUGCUAAAGUUUGACCCUAGACAGAGAAUCUCAGUUGAUGAUGCACUUGCUCAUCCAUUUCUCGAGAAGUUGCACGACAUUACCGAUGAACCAAUUUGCAAGACUCCCUUCGAAGUUGGUUUAGAGGAACAGCCACUCACAGUGGAGCAGAUUAAGGAGUUAAUCUACCAAGAAGCUCUAGCUUUCAAAGCUGACCAUCAACAAGCUGAAGAGAAACAGUAGCUUUACCUUGGAAGCA